AUGGGCAAGUUGCGAAAGCAGAUCGAGAGAGCCGCCCCGAGAGCCAGGAUACCCGGCCACGCACCACCUCCGGGGAUGACGCUGCAGGCCCCGCGAUACGUGCCGCCCGCCGAGGCCCGGCCACGAACCACCCGCGCCUCGAUCAGCAUAGAGAGCAGGGGCAGAACCCCGGCCACCAUACGAGCCCGAACAGUCCGGUCGAGACAGGAGCAGCUAUACGACACCGCGGCACGAACGACCGCCGCCCUCGCCUCCGAACUCGAGGAGCUGUUCGGAUCCCUGUCCGAUCUCGACGACGAGCCAAUACCGGAAACACGGGUCAACGCGGGAACGGAGAACGGCGCCGCGCCACCGGCCGCACCGAUUACGCCGAGCCUACCGACGCCUCCGCCGACACCAGCCGCCUCACCAGCACCAAGAGCCGAGACCACGACAUCGGGACCACCACCCGGAUACGGGUAUUUUACCGGUGGACAACCCGCAGCAGACCAGGGGCCGCUGAACGGCAUUCC